GGGGAACAAGAAUUGGACAUCAAGAGAGUAUACUGCGGCUCGCCCUCUCUCUCUCUCUCUCUCUCACACACACACACACACACACACACACACAUUUUCAGAAGAACUGGAUCAUGAGGCUCUAAAACACACACCCACAACAGCAGCAUCACUGUGCUGCACCACAGAAAGAGACCAGCUCACUCUCACUCUCUCUCUCUCUCUCUCUCUGUGUGUGUGUCUGUCUCAUACACAAACACACAUAUAGACAGACACGUGCUGCAGGGGAAGAUCUAAGUGUUGGGUCGCUGAGCAUUCAGGUUCCUCCUCCCCUGCUUUCUUUCUCACUCUCACUCUCUCUCACUCCCUGUUCACCUUGUCUGUUCCGGCUGUAUGGUUUAUUGUUGCGUCAGAGCCAAAGAGAGCCAGCGAGAAGCAUGCCAGGGGAGAGCAUUCACAGAUCUGUCCCCACCGACAAGCACCCUGAGUCGGGGGCUGAGGAGACAGGGCUCCCUGGACCAGACAUGACCAGACACCCGUCUACUGAUUCCACGCCCAGUGACAGUGGAUCCUCGCCCAGUGACAGUGGGUCAAGCCCUUCUCCCAGUACUCCUCAGAAACUACUCCCAGCAUGCACCUCUCCGUUUGGCCCUCGGCUAUUUCAUGCAACAUCUAGCUCCUCUGGUACUCCAAGACCUCAGCCUGAAGGCUCUGACCAUCGCCACACACCUAGACUUUCUGGAAAGUUAGGUGGUCAUGGACCUUGUGGCCGCCAUAUCCCAGUUAAGAUGGAACGAAUCAAGGUCCUGACUGGUUCUGAGGUGGAGAGUGACUAUCAAGAACCACAGACCAUUGACACAAGAGUGGUGAUGGGUCAGGAGGCACGGCUCAAGACAACAGAAAUCCAGAAAGGGAAACCUCCAGUCGGCCCAAGUGGUCAGGGAAUCCCUGCACCUACCAGUCUACCUAUUCCGAGCUUUUCAGAUCCUCAGGCACAAGUAACAGAGACCCAGGUGGAAACCAGUAAGGAAGGAGGCCAAGUACAAAGCCAACAAAAACCACAAGACCAGGAAAAAGACGCUGUACAUCCCCCUACCACACUCCCUUCCUCCUUACAAAGCCCCCUACUCCCUGCUCCUUCCUCUUGCCCAGAACCAGUCACACCUGAAGACAGUUUGAUAGAAAACCAAGAAGAGAGUCAAACACUCUCUCAAGAUGAAGUGCCUUCCCCGUCUUUCUCUGAGCUGGUCUGUCCGGUUACUUUGUCCUUCUCCGAGCCUAAUUACGCUGUUGACCCACUACGAGUGGGUGUGCCCUCAUCUCUGGACCCUGACCUGUACUAUACUGCACCUUCCACGCCAAUCAAGAUGGCGUCCCGCUCCUCACACCUUAAGCAUCAUUCAUAUCCUGGUUCUCCAGCCUGCCCUCUCUCACCUGGCUCUCCUUCAGACAGCGAGGACCUCUGUUCCCCUCUCACUUCUCCUUCUGGCUCUUAUAUUACAGCAGAGGGGGGUAGCUGGACAUCGUCUUACACAUCUUCCACAUCGCCUUCCACCUCUCCAAACCUGCUCCUCACAGAAGAAACACAGGAAGCUCCUGCUUGCUUUGUGGGCUCCUUAUCAGAAAUUGGAGAUGAAGUUGGGGAGGAUAAAGGGAGAGGAGGAGCAGAACGGGAGGAAGACAAAGCAGGAGACUUCUGCCUCUGCCGCUCUGAGGAUUAUGGUAUUAAUUCACAGACGGGCAUAACAGAGACAGUGAUUUUAGAGGAGGAGGAGGAGGCUCUAAAAGGGGAAGAGAUCACGAUUACCAGAGAAACUUGCCGCCCUUGUUGGGUAACUGAUGAUACAUCCCCUUUAAGGAGCAGUAGCAGCCGGAGCAGUGACUCCCAGGAGGACGGAGGAGAGUCUGAAAGCUCCCUCUGCCCAUUGGAGGAGGCCACCGCUGGGCCAGCAGAGUAUUCGAGGUCUAUGCAGACUGGUCUGAAACUACAAUUGGAAGCAUGUAUAUCAGAGGAACCUUACGGACAAUUAGAUGACCAUGCAGAACUUGCCUCCACUGCCUUGACUCCUGACACUGAGAACAUGACCAUGGCUUCAUCCAGCCUUAGCCCCGACUCACCUGUCAUCCCCUUGGAUGCUUUUUGUUCUGGAGCCUUUGACAGACUUGGCCCUGGUUCUUUCAUGUUCUCCCAGGCCACUUGUGCUGAUGAUAUACCAGAAGAAGAAAGAAUGAUCCCUGCCUCCCUCAUCUCAUUCCCACUCCACACAAGCCUUAUUUUCAGAGCAGAUUCAAUGGAAAUCACCCUUUUCCCCACAGAAGAUGAGAAUGAAAUAGGGGAAAUGAAUGACAGAAAUGAAAGGAAAGAUGUUGAUGCAUAUGCAGCAGGAGAGGAGGAGGCUGAUGUCGAAGAUGACGAUGAUGACGAUGAUGAUGAAGAGGAAGAUGACGAUUAUGGUGAUGACGACGAUGGUGCUGGCACUGCUGAUGCAAAUGAUGAAGAAAAUAAUGAUGACAUUGGUGAUGACUAUCAUGAUGAAGCAUGCGAGGAAGCUAAGGUUGAAGUGAAAGUAGUUGAAGAAGAAGACCAGGAAGAAGAUGAUGAAGAGUGUGAUAGCAAAGCAGUGGAGGAUCCUACAGAUGAAGACAGCUCAGCAUCUUUUCUUCAUUCCCUUUCUGAAACAUCCAUUAAUGAAGGGUUGGAUGAAUCUUUCUGUUACCAAGAUGACACAGACGACUCAUUAGAUUCAGCCUCUUACAAUGGAGAAGAAGAUGAACGUCUGUACAGUACUGAGAGACAUGCACAAUCACUGGAACCCACCGCUAUGGACACACUUAACCCAAAUGAAGUUCAAACAGAACCUGAACAGGAGUCUACCACUGGCACAUGUCAUCAAGAAUCCUUGCACAUUAAACUCAAAUUAGAGGAUCCUCCUGAGACAGCCUGCACCUCUGAAGCCUUUGCAGGAGAACUCAAAGGCAAAAAUCUAGAAGCUAAAACUCUGAAUGCACCUGAAUCUGCUCAGACCCAAUCAGAACCUGAGAAAGAAUCUGCUGAUGAAAUAUGUCAUUCAGAGUCUAUGCACAUGCAAGCAAGUCCAACAGAACCAGUGGAUGAGAGUAGGACUGAAUGUGACAUGGAUAUCUCUGAGUCUUCCAUCUCCCCUCCCCCACCAAAUGAGACCUCAGACCUCAACUCAACCACACCCACUGGUACUCAAGCUUCCUGUGCUCCUGAUUUCCACACUUCUCCUUCUGCCACUGCCUCUGUAGCUUUUACAGAUUGUACAACAGACACUCUUGCAGCAGAACUAAUUCCAGAAAAGGUUGAGGAAAAUCCCCAGCUUAAAGAUAUACAUUUAGAACAGAGCAAUGAUUAUCCAACAGAGGAAACCACAAAUGAACCAGAAAGAGACUCUUAUAAAUUGCUAAUUAAGCCUCGUCAUCAUCAGCCAGAAAGCCGCAGGACUAUAGAAGCAGGGAGGCUUUUAUUAUCGAAGUCUUUCUCCAAUAAGUCUGAUCCUCCUGUGCGAGCAGAGGCUAUCUUUAAGUCCAGUAUUUACAGGGAGUCAGACACAGAGCUUGACCAGAAGAAUGGGAAUGCUUCAGCUGAGUCUAUGAGCAUGGAGUGUGGAAGUACUGAUUCUGGUCUGUCUCUGAAUAUAGGGAUGACAACUGCCACCAACGACUUGAAUAAAGGAGUUCUUCUUCUCUCUUGUCCUAAAGAUGCUGGUACCAACCCCAGUAAUAUUCCUGUGUCUGCCUCUCCAGAAGUCACAUCUGAAAUUUCAGACAAUUUAGCUCUUAGUCCCGAACACUGUCCUGGUGACUCGGCCCAGGAGAACCUGAGAGAAAACACUUUGACCACAGAUGAGGGAGCGCUUGCAGCGAUGGGAUCUCCUUCACCCUUGGCCAUCUCACCCAAAAGGGAAAACUCAGAAACAGAUAAGGAAAUAGGUAUUGGAGCUGGGGCAUGGUGUGGUGACAGAAUGGGCUUAGACUUAGGUUUAGGAUUCGGAUCACAGUCUGAGUUUGGUGUCUGGGGAGCAGGAGAAUCUCUCUCUCUGUCUCUUGGAAAGAGAUAUGAGCUGGAGGCAGACAGUCUGCUCAUGUGUGACACAAAGGGUCCAAAGACGCAGUCGUGUGAGGUUCCCAACAUUAGCAGCGAAGUCUACAAAAAUUACGACAACAUUCUGGUUUCUGUUCUGGAUGAGGAUGAUAACAACAGCCUGUUUCAAAAGAGGGACAGAAUGGUGGAUGAGGAAUUGAUACGAGAGACAGCUUCUGAGUCAAAUUUGGCCAGUUGGAAGUCCAUUGAGGAGAUCUCAGAAGCUGGAGGUGGAGAGGAUGGAAGUUCAGCAUUUCCUGCUGAUGAUAUCAGUAAUCUUCAUCCAGAUAAUGGUGGCGAUUACACAGACACACAAGUGCAAGACACUUGGAAGAGUUCUAAAGAUAACAAUGACUCUACCUUUGGUUCACUGAAGUUCGCCAUGCGUGGAGGUCUGAAUGCUCUAUCAGAGGAGGUGAGACCUCAAAGUGUGACUGUCAACAAUAGAGAGUCUGUGUCUAAUAUUCCACUUGAAGAGAUGCAACCUCAGGCUUCUCACAUAGUCCCUAAAGAAGAAAAAGUUUCAACGGACAGUCCUAUAAAUGAUCACCACAGCAUCAUUUUACCUAAAACUGAUAUGGGUAAAACUGUAACAAGUCAACAUUCCUGCUCCCUAGAAAAUGCCAAGUCAAGAUGUCAUGGUAAUCCUGGCGGUCAGACAAUCACUCCAGAGAUUAAUACAGCAUUUUCUUUACUACAAGGAUCAUUCGGUUCCUUUACUCCCAAAUGUAAGUCUAAUGAAAGCAGAUCAAGAAGAGGUUGUCAAGACAAGGUGGAGAAUAAUGCCCAGUUACAACAAGGGAAAGAGCCCCAGAGUGAAGGCCAGAGAAAAGGUGAUGUCAGCCAAGUGACAGACAGACUUGUUGAUGAACCAAAGACUAAAGAGGCCUUCAGAGGACAGCAGUUUGAUGUGUGUAACUCAGGGGAAGAAGGCGGGGAGUCAAAAGGAGAAGAGAAAGCAAAAGAGGGAGGCAGAAAUGAAGAAAAGAACAAAAGUGAAAGACCAACCUCUCCAGUACAGAAUGACUCAGAGCACUUUGAUUGUCACACCCCUAAGGGGGAACUUUGCACAGAUAAACCGAUUGCUGCUAAGAAGGGGAGGAGAGGGAAGCAGAACAAGAACAGGGCUUCCCAUACAGGCAGCCCUCAGGACUCAAGCCCUGCAUCUGCUGAUGACCCAAAGAAACCCUGUUUUGCAUUAAAAACUACAACUGAUGGAUUGUCAGAAGGGAUCGCAAACCGUUCGAAAACUAAGCGAGACCAAAAACCGGACAAUAAAGCUGUGUCUUCUGGAGAAUCUGAUUCACAGAUCCAAAAGGACAACAGUCCCACUCCUGAUGUCAAAAAUUCUCCCCAUGAAAACUGUAAAUCUACCACAUGUAUUCCAGAUAACCUCAAUGUUGUGGUGGCAAAGAAUCAAGACUUACAUCUGCCACGGCGAGAGCUCGACAACAGACCACUAUCUGUUAGUCAGAGGGGAAGCACAGUGGACAUAAAUGACAACAACAUAAAUACUGGGGAGUGCUCAUCUAACCAGGACUCCGUAUUCUACUCUUUGACUCCACUUUCCACCUCCCCUGCUGUGUUCUCCUCUGCUCUUGCUUGUGCCUCAACAAAGCCAGAAGAUGAUCUCCCCACACCUGUGCAGGAAUCCCAGCCUGUCCUUUCAGCCCGUCCACAGUCUACACUGAGUAUGAGUCACAACACUUCGACCAUAUGCUCUACCUCCUCUACAACCCACCAAGCCACUGUUUCACAAUUUCUUCCAAAAACUAACCACCAAGAGGCCACUGUUGUCCAUUCUACAUCAACCACAUCUGCCAUGAGUGUCUCUCUGCCUUCAUCCUCCUCUGCAUCACCACUCAGCCUGUCCCAGCCGACCCAGGAGUCCUCUACAUCUGGGUCUAAAGCUCCAGGUUCAGCAUGUGUAUCCGACUCUGCUUCCCUAUCACAUUCUCAGUCCCAUUCACAGCCUAAUGCCAAUACGCAGCCUCACAAACCCAACAAGAAAGGUCGUACAUGGAGCACACAAGACAGGUACAGAGAUCCCAGCCUCGCCGAGGAAGAGACGGACAGCGAGGAUGAUGGCGGACUGCCUCGACGUGGCCACAGAUCCCAGCCCAGAGGAUUAACAGGAAAUAGAAAUGGACCUGUGCCGAAAGAGUCUGGUCUACCCAGUCACAAAGAAAUCCAGCCUUUCUCUUCCCGUCAGAUAACGGACAGACAGACAGGAUGUCCAAUCAAUCACAGCCACAAGAAUUCAGAGCAAAGUGAGAUGACCUUCAAAAACAGUUGUUCUGUUGUGGCCUCGUGUAAUGAGUCUGAGAGUGAAGGGUCGGUGCCUGAACUAGAGGAACCGGAGCCACUAAGGCCAUCAGAACAUCAGUCUAUCUCCUCUGCAGAUGAAGGACUGAACAGACCAAAACAGAGCCGCAGUGAAAAGAAGGCUCGAAAGGCCAUGUCCAAACUGGGUCUGAAGCCAGUCCAUGGUGUGACCAGAAUCACCAUCAGGAAGUCUAAGAGUAUCCUGUUUGUGAUCAGCAGACCUGAUGUAUUCAAAAGUCCUGCAUCGGACAUUUAUAUUGUGUUUGGUGAAGCCAAGAUUGAGGACCUAUCUCAGCAGGCUCACAAAGCAGCUGCUGAGAAAUUCAAGGUGCCUGUGACCUCCUCUCCUUUGGCUCCCCCCGCCCCACCCAGCCUUACCAUAAAGGAGGAGAGUGAAGAGGAAGAAGAGGAGGUGGACGAGGGAGGUCUUGAGCAGAGGGACAUUGAGCUGGUGAUGGCUCAGGCCAACGUGUCACGAGCCAAGGCCGUCCGUGCACUGAAACACAACAAGAAUGACAUUGUGAAUGCUAUCAUGGAGCUGACCAUGUGAGUUGUGAGGACAUUCGAGUCCUGAAUCCUCUCCAGCCUAUAAAAGCCUAAACGCCACUGACUCUUCUGUAUCGCUGCUACUCUAUGUUGCAUCCCCAGUAUCUGCUAAAUAAAGUCUGUUACAACGUGG